AUAAGCGCGCUCUCUCUCUCACACACACACACACACCUUUCACGAAGUAAUAUCUCGCUAACUCUUUUUCUUCUUCACUAGAUUGAGGAUGGAUGAAUUUGGAGCUAAGUACGAGUGUUUGUUCUUUGAUAUGGACGACACUCUAUACCCUUUGAGCAUCGGAAUCAACUUAGCUUGUCGAAAGAACAUCCAAGAGUUCAUGCUUAAUCAACUCGGAAUCGAAGAGAGUGAAGUUCCAAAGAUGUGUCUUGAUCUUUACAAGGAAUAUGGAACCACCAUGGCUGGUCUCAAGGUUAUGGGCUAUGAAUUCGACAACGAUGAGUUCCAUGAAUAUAUCCAUGGAAGACUUCCGUACGAGAAACUAAAGCCUGAUCCGAUUCUCCGUAACCUUCUUCUCUCUAUGCCUCACCGUAAAAUCAUAUUUACUAUUGCAGACAAAGCUCACGCGACACGAGCACUUAACAGAUUGGGUCUAGAGGACUGCUUCGAAGGAAUCAUUUGCUUCGAAACACUAAACCCGAAUUCUUCUAAUCAAAACAGUCAAAUCCUCUGCAAACCCUCCGUCGAAGCCUUUGAAGCCGCCAUUCGCAUUGCAGACAUCGUCGAUCCACGCAAAACGAUGUUCUUCGAUGACAGUAUCCGUAACAUAGCUAGUGCUAAAGCAACGGGGCUAAAAACCGUGUUCGUGGGGGACUCGGUGCUAGUUCCAGGUGCAGACUAUGCACCAAGCAGCAUUCAUAACAUAAAGGAAGCAAUACCUGAUUUAUGGGAAGACAACAAAGAUGAGAAGCUCGAGGCAAUUGUUCAGCAAGUAGCGGUUGCAACUAUGGUUCAUGCUUAAAAGAGAGUUUCUUAUAAGAGAACCUUAAAUUGUACUUUUAAACUCAUGUAUCCAAAAUAAAGAAACAAAAGACCAGAAGUUGAAACUCUUUGGCUUUUCGAUGGUUUGGAUUCCUCAAUAGUUCAUAAAAGCAAGCAAAAAAAAAACAGAACAAAGUUGGCAAUGACAAAUGCACCGGUUAA